GGCGCCCGGUGCGGCCACGUUCGGGUGCGCGGCCAGCGGCGCGUUGGGCGCAGCGAGCGGCGGCGGGCGCGGGGCGAUGGGGGCGCGGCGGCGGCCGGCGCUCUGACAGCCCCCGGCGCUCCCUCGGCGGCGGGCGCAGCGGCUCCGGCGGCGGCGGCAGCGGCAGCAGCGGCGGCGGCUCGCGGCGGCCGCCCCUAUCCUGCUCGGCGCGGACCAUGUUCGCCAAAGGGAAGGGCUCGGCGGUGCCCUCGGACGGGCAGGCGCGGGAGAAGCUGGCGCUGUACGUCUACGAGUACCUGCUGCACGUCGGCGCCCAGAAGUCUGCGCAGACCUUCCUGUCCGAGAUCCGGUGGGAGAAGAACAUCACGCUGGGCGAGCCCCCCGGCUUCCUGCACUCCUGGUGGUGCGUGUUUUGGGACCUGUACUGCGCAGCUCCCGAAAGGCGAGACACUUGUGAACAUUCGAGUGAAGCCAAAGCCUUUCAUGACUACAGCGCAGCUGCCGCCCCAAGUCCUGUGCUUGGAAACAUUCCCCCGAACGACGGGAUGCCCGGGGGCCCCAUCCCGCCCGGUUUCUUCCAGGGACCGCCUGGGUCACAGCCCUCGCCACACGCACAGCCUCCACCCCACAAUCCUAACAGCAUGAUGGGACCCCACAGUCAGCCGUUCAUGUCACCGCGCUACGCCGGAGGUCCCCGGCCCCCCAUCAGGAUGGGCAACCAGCCCCCAGGUGCCGUUCCCGGUACACAGCCAUUGCUGCCCAACUCAAUGGAUCCCACGCGACAGCAAGGGCACCCCAACAUGGGCGGCCCCAUGCAAAGGAUGAAUCCUCCGCGAGGGAUGGGCCCCAUGGGUCCCGGUCCGCAGAACUACGGCAGCGGCAUGAGACCUCCACCCAACUCCCUAGGCCCUGGCAUGCCUGGAAUUAACAUGGGGCCGGGUGCUGGUAGACCGUGGCCGAACCCCAGCAGUGCUAACUCAAUUCCAUACUCUUCUUCAUCGCCUGGUACAUACGUGGGUCCACCCGGUGGCGGUGGUCCCCAGGGACACCCUCAGCCCAGUCCUGCAGAUUCAACAAAUUCAAGUGACAACAUCUACACAAUGAUUAAUCCAGUACCGCCCGCAGGCAGUCGAUCGAAUUUCCCGAUGGGCCCCGGCUCUGACGGCCCCAUGGGCGGCAUGGGCGGCAUGGAGCCCCAUCACAUGAACGGAUCGUUAGGGUCAGGAGACAUAGAUGGACUUCCAAAAAAUUCUCCAAACAACAUAAGUGGCAUUAGCAAUCCCCCGGGCACUCCAAGAGACGACGGGGAGCUGGGAGGCAACUUUCUCCAUUCCUUCCAAAAUGACAAUUAUUCCCCCAGCAUGACGAUGAGUGUGUGAUUUCCCUCCCCCUCCUCCUCUCCAGGAUCAAGAGAGUCAGCUGCCGUUCGGAGGAUCUCAACGAAUUAUGCAAGAAGAAGAAGAAGAAUCUAGGUGUAUGGGCAGGGACACGCGUGGCGGGGGCCAAAACCCCAGGUUUAGUUUCAUGCAAUAAAAAGGCUGAACUUUUUAUUCCAUAAAACAUGAAGGACAAAACUUAAAAUAUUUCAAGACAUGACAAGACCCUUCUUUGUGCAGAAGGGUUUAUAUAUGUACAUGACACUUCUUUUUGGAAACAAACGGAAGCCUCUAGCACCCAACUCCGAUCUCUUUGCUUUGUUCUUUUAAAUAAAGACAGAAACCGAACCUGUUGUAUGUUUGUGCCGUGCGACACCAGGAAGCUAGUCUAGAUAUGAAAUCAUGUUGUCUCUGUUGUAGUCAUUUUUUUAAAUAAACUGGACAGUUUACAAUGGUGGUUUUCGUUCAGAAGGCCUGUUUUUCUUUUUCUUUUUUUUUUUUUUUUUGGUUUUGGGGGUUUUUUUCCCUUCUAUUUUUGGGGGUUUUUUUUGUUUGUUUGCAGCACAACGCUUCCUCCUCCAGUUAACAAGAUCUGCUUUGGGGAAGAGACUCCACCACCUCGUUAUAAACUUAUUAACGCAGGUGACCCCCUUCUAGGAUCACAUCCUCGAAUGAAUCGUGAUCUUGCUCUCUGUGACUGUGGCAUGCACUGUGUUAGUCUUUCCCCCCCUCUCUGAGUACAAGAAGAAAUCUCUUGUCCCUCCUUUCCCCAGAAUCCUUCAGCUGGUUCACUGCAAAAAUUGAUUUUUUAAAUAUUUUUUUUUUAAUCCACCGAAAGAAAGAGUUACUCUGACCUGGACUUUGAAACUGUGAUCUCCAGCUAACUUGGGAUUUUCUGGGGGUUUUCUUUGCUUUAGGGGUAUUUUGGGGGGGGUGGUUUCUUUUCUUUAGAGAUGUGCUCUUGUCAGGAUUUCACUUAUCUAUGAUUUGGAACUGGAUGGAGAUAUUUUUUAAGGACAUUCUUGUUGUUAAAAUGUAACCUUGCUAUUCUGUAGGCUCGCUCUGUAAUAAGAAAAUAAAAAUUAAUGGCAAGCA